AUUGUUAAACUUUUGUAGUCGUGAACUAAUUAGAAUCAAGAAUAUAAUAAUUGCUGUUGAAAUAAGCUUGUGAAGAAUGUGUCAUCGUAUCAAUGUGAAGCAAACUUGUUACCUAUAUUCACUUUUUAUAUUCUCUCUCCUUUGACCAUAACCAACCUCAUCGGUCUCUUCUCCUCUGAAAAAACAAAAAACCCACCAAAAACACACUCACUAUUCAUUUACUACGUAUUUAAAUUGGCGGUCGGUGCCUCGCAUCAACUUCUACUGCUUACUGCCUAACACCAGCUCUCCCGAUCAUCUCCGGCACCGAAUAUAGUUCCAGCAUAUUCAAUCAGCAUCAUACAGUUUGGAAUCACACAUUGCUUGUGAAUUUGAGAGCUUAAAUCUAAGCAACAAUGCAAGCUGCUUUAAUAACAUCAAAUGUAAGCUUAAACCUUUCAACACCUAAAGUUUCGAAAGGGGUAGUCAUUCCUCAUUCAUACAUUCCUGCAAGAUGUCUUUCUGUAAGAGCAUCAUCUGCACCUUCAACCCCGACUACUCAAACAUCUACCAAUGAGACAUCAGAAUCAUCUCAUAAGCUCAACAAGUACAGCUCUCGCAUCACUGAACCGAAGUCUCAAGGAGCAUCACAAGCUGUUCUUUAUGGAAUUGGACUUUCUGAUGAUGAUAUGCACAAACCCCAGAUUGGUAUUUCAUCAGUUUGGUAUGAAGGUAACACUUGUAAUAUGCAUCUAUUAAGCUUGGCAGAAGCUGUUAAGGAAGGUGUUAAGGAUGCUGGGUUAAUUGGGUUUAGGUUCAAUACUAUUGGUGUUAGUGAUGCCAUCUCAAUGGGUACAAGGGGUAUGUGUUACAGUUUGCAGUCUAGAGAUCUGAUUGCUGACAGUAUUGAGACUGUUAUGUCUGCUCAAUGGUAUGAUGGCAACAUCUCAAUUCCUGGGUGUGAUAAAAAUAUGCCAGGUACUAUCAUGGCUAUGGGACGUCUAAAUAGGCCUAGUAUCAUGAUAUAUGGCGGUACUAUCAAGCCUGCUCAUUUUCAAGGACAUACCUUUGAUAUUGCAAAAGCAUUAGAGUGUUAUGGGGAAUAUGUUAGCGGAGCUAUUACUGAUGAACAGAGAAUGGAUAUUGUCCGGAAUGCCUGUCCUGGAGCAGGGGCUUGUGGUGGAAUGUAUACAGCAAAUACCAUGGCAUCCGCCAUUGAAACUAUGGGAAUGACUCUUCCAUACAGCUCGUCAACACCAGCCGAAGAUUCUCUGAAGUUGGAUGAGUGCCGUCUUGCUGGAAAAUAUAUCCUUGAUUUACUCAAAAUGAACUUAAGACCACGAGACAUAAUUACCGAGAAUUCUCUGCGUAAUGCAAUGGUUAUGGUCAUGGCCCUAGGUGGGUCUACCAAUGCUGUCCUGCAUCUGAUUGCCAUUGCUAGGUCUGUUGGUCUAGAUUUGACUCUCAAUGACUUUCAAAAGGUUAGCGAUAAGAUUCCAUUGCUUGCAGAUCUUAAGCCAAGUGGUAAAUAUGUCAUGGAAGAUUUACACAAGAUUGGCGGUACUCCUGCAGUGAUUCGCCACCUUCUUGAUCUGGAAUACUUGGAUGGGGAUUGCAUUACUGUUACGGGGAAAACACUGGCUGAGAAUGCCAAGCUCUUCCCUGCCUUGGCUGAAGGUCAGCAAAUCAUACGGUCACAAUCAAAUCCCAUCAAGGAAACAGGACAUAUCCAGAUAUUGUAUGGUAACCUUGCUCCAGAGGGUUCUGUAGCAAAAAUUACUGGAAAAGAAGGAUUAUAUUUCUCUGGUCCUGCACUUGUUUUUGAAGGAGAAGAAGCUAUGGUUACUGCCAUUUCAGAGGACCCUCAGAGCUUUAAGGGAAAAGUUGUUGUUAUUAGGGGGGAAGGGCCUAAAGGCGGACCAGGUAUGCCUGAAAUGUUGACACCAACUAGUGCAAUAGUGGGAGCAGGCCUCGGAAAGGAUGUGGCUUUAUUGACAGAUGGAAGAUUUUCAGGAGCUUCACAUGGAUUUGUUAUAGGUCAUGUUUGUCCAGAAGCACAGGAGGGUGGACCAAUCGCUUUCAUUCAAAAUGGAGAUGUUAUUACAAUUGAUGUUCUUAAGAGGAGGAUGGACGUUCACUUAACAGGAGAGGAGAUCAAAGAGCGAAGGGAGAAAUGGACUCCGCCUCCUUUCAAGGCAAAUAAAGGAGUCUUGUACAAGUACAUCAAGAAUGUGCAGUCAGCUUCGAGGGGUUGCAUAACUGAUGAGUAGCAGACAUGAAAUCGAGAUGUUGAAACUGCAUGCAUCGAAGAUUCUCUAAGAGGUAUUGUAAGUUUUCGGGUUUCCUUGUUUGUAUGCUGUCAGACGUACAAUAUAUAUUGAUAAUAUAUGCCCAUUUAAAAAAAAAAAAUAAAUAAUUUAGAUAUUAGCGGUUGGCUUCCCUGCAUAUAUACUAUAUAGUAAGUACCCCAUGGUCUACAUCAAAAUAUCUCGUUUGUAUAUCGAAAUCUUUGUAUACUUAAGGAUUUCAAUUCUCAAUAUUGAGCAACCAGUCAAAAUCUUGUCAAUAUAUAUACUACUCAACGUUAUACUUUUGAACAGUUGAGCCAGUUUCUUAUGUUAGUUUUGUAAUUGAGCAACGCUUAUGUUAUAAUGACUAUUAUAUUCAUGUGA